AUGCUUCCCGGCCGCCGCCCGCUCCCCACCCGCAACGGGCCGCGCCGUGGAAGCAGCUCCGGCUGCCGCAGGCCAGUGCCGAGGGCGCGCUCCGCAGCGAUCACCGCCCUCCUCGCCGCGGCCGCGAGACCGCAGCCGGUCCCCUCACUGUCUUCACCCACGCCCAGCCCAGAGCUUCAGUCAAAGACGGCUCCGAGAGCUCGGCAGCCCUCCGGGGUCCUUAGGCCUGGCUCCCGGGGCUCCCGGGACUCCCGGGAUUCCCCCUCCCCCGGCCGCGCUCAGCACAGCUCGUUCGCCAGUUCCGGUCACGUUGCUGGGUGUUUACGCCUGGAGCCCGCCCCGGACCCCCCCUCCCCGCCCCGCGCACUCGGCGCCCGGGAGCCCCCCGGAGCCCGGGCCCGAUCGCCCGGCAGCCUCGCAGCAGCUGAUGGCGCCACAGCUCGGGCGGGCGCUGCGGAACCCCGGGCGCAGCUAGCGUGGGGAAGAAGAGCGCCUCCCCCCACACAGCCUGGCCCGGACUCAGGGCCCCGCUGGCCCGUCGCUCCCUCAGGUCCCGAAGGUGGGGCCCAGGCCUGGGUUGCCAUGGAUACCGUGUCCCUGGAGCAUCAGAUACAGAGUGUGCAGCGCCACAUCAGCUUCCUGAAAAAAGAGCAGAUGGCCCUGCUGCGAGACCUGCACCUGGAGAUCCUGAGGCUGCAGAAACGCUGCUCGGAACUGACCCAUGACCUGGAGAUGAGAGAGGCCCAGUCGCACCAGCAAGAGUUGGCGUCCCGGGAGCUGGAGAGCAAGUGCCGCGCGUUGGAGUCGCAGCUGGCCGAGCGAGCAGCGGCCAACGCGGAGCUGCGGCGGGAGGUGGCGCAGCGCGAGGCGCUGGUGUCGGCGCUGCGCUGCAGCCUGCGCGCGGAGGAGCGCCGCUUCCUGGAGGAGCUGCGUCGCCGCAGCCACCGAGCCACCGUGCUGAGCACGGAGCUGCAGAAGCACACCGAGGCGGCCGCCUACCUCUCCUGCCAACUGCAUGCGGCGCGCCAGAAACUGCAGACUCCGCGCCCGGGGCCCGGCGCCGCCGCCGCCACCGCCGAGCCCCGAAUCCGCCGGCGCGCACAGCGGGCCCGCCGCCCGCCCGCAGCCGAGGCCGCCACCAAGGGCCCCGGCCGGGACUGGGCCGCCUGGGAGCGUGCGGCCGGCGUCCCGGACGACCUCGAUGCCAUGCCCGACCCCGCGCUCUUCCUCUACGCCCGGAGGCCCCAGCGGCCCGGCGGCCGCAGCCCACGCCAGCCGCCUCCCCAGGAACCCCCGGACCAAGCCGGCUCUCCGGCCGCGCCCCGCCCACCCAGUGCGCCCGCGGACCCGGAGUAG